GCCGGAAUUCGAAAUUCUUUCACUUGCUCCUCACGACUUCACGACUUCACAUGACAAAGGAUUUCACCUCUCGCCACACGAGUCUGGUAGUAACAAGGCACAACCGAAUUCAAAAAUAUAACUUCCUAUCAUACAAUCUUACACCAGAAUCUUCUCAUAAUGUCGGCUUCACUUGCACCUGAAUGCAAUGAAGUCAAGGAACGAUAUGAUUCGUGCUUCUUGAAAUGGUACAGCGAAAAAUACCUUCGAGGUAAAGGUACUACUGACGAGUGUGAAUCUUUAUUUAAAGAUUACCGGAAAUGCUUAACAGGUGCUUUGAAAGAGCGUGGCAUUGACAAAAUGCUGGAAGAAGCACGAGAGGAUCACAAGGAACAUGAUGCCGUGAAUCUGCGACGGCCUUGUGAGUCAAUCGCAUUCUUUUCCCGGGGAGAGGGUAUGAUAGCUAAUUGUUGA